AUGUUUUCAGGACUUCAUAGCAAUGUUUUUGGCCAGGCUCGCCCGUCGCCUCAGCCGCGGGCGCUGCUCGAAGACGCUCUUCUCUUUGCCCGCGCUGCUCGCAACCCCGCCGCACCUGUGCUUCGUCCCAUCCCUGAGGACCUUCCGGCUCCUCCUCGGAGCCCUGCCCGUCCGGCCGCUCCCCGCCGUGCUCGCAACUCUCCUGUGCCGGUGCGUUUCCCCAGUGUCGACGCCAACCUCAUCGCAGUGCUUGACAGAGGUGAGUGACCAACGACACAGACGAUAACUCGUGACACAAAAAUCAUCUGUUUGCCUGUCUGGUGGAAACAGUGCCUGACGAGGAGUUUGCCGAUGACGUGCCUCGGUGCCCGCUGACGCUCACCGUGCCGCGGACACCCGUGACCACACCGUCAGGUCACGCAACGAACACCAAACGCUCAAGCAAACGCUCAUCUUCUUGUGAUUGUCUUCUGUGAUGCGCACCAUUAUGCAGGCAACUGCUACGACCUGUCCCCUCUUCGCAAGCACAUCCGCACCAACGCUCCCUACGCCAAGUCGCCCAUGACGCGACAGCUGCUGCGCGAAGAGGAUCUGCGUCCGGACCGCUCCGCCCUGCACCACAUCGAAAGAUGCGCCAAGAAGGUAGCUGCCUGCCAGCAUACACGCCCACACACACGGAACAUCCGGACGGGCAAGUUUGUUUGUGUGUAGAUUUGGGAUGACCAGCAGGCGGCGAUUCAGCAGGCCAGUGAGAGUGCAUCGGCGGCGGCGGCGGCGGCGGCGUCCUCAAACGCACACGAUGACAACGAGACUGACCAGACCAGCAAUAGUACGCACGUACCAACAGAUGCAUCAUGGACCUUUGUGUCAUGGUGCUGUGGUGCUGUGCUGUGUUGUGUUGUGUUGUAUCGUGUAGGCAUGACUCUUGUGAAGGAGCUGUGGGGGCGCUACAAGCAUAAGAUCACCAUGACACACAAUGACCUGACACCGACACCCAAACUCAUCGAUGCGGUGAAAACACCAUCACAGCACAACACAGCACAACACAACGCAUGCCUCUGCGCGCCUCUCCGUCUGUGUGUAUGCUGUUCAGUUCCUGACCGACAAGCACACAGACACAAUGGAUGUGCUCGAGUGGCACAAGGAGCAGAUCAAGAAGCAGUCCAAGAAACACGUAAGGACCCCCACACACACCAACACCACAUCACACCAAUGUGUGUGUCCACUUGUAUCAGCUCAAGGAGAUUCAUGACGUCGUGUCGCAUUCUUUCGAGAAGGAGAUGGUCGCGUGGCUCAAUAGCUACAGUCGCACAACCCAGCAGGCCGGCUACACCAAACGACGAUCCCUCACAGGCUUCCACCCCACACUCAUCCGUGAUGCUGUCUCGGCCAUUCUCAAGGAGGCGCUCAAGUGACCACACCACCAACCCCCCACGACACAGACCCAUCAAGUGAGCAACGGAGCGCACAAGGGAGGGAUGUGGGUCAUGCGCCUGCUGUGCUGCCAUUCAGGUGUCGAUGUAUCAUGUGGUCGUGAAUUCAGUGGAAGUGGCUGGCACAUGUCCUUCCAUGUGUGUGUGUGGUGCAUGCCAUGGAUGGGUGAGAGAUUCCAAGAAAGAGAGACAGACAGAGAAACAGAAGAGACAGACAGCAAUUCCGACAGACCGGAAAGCAGGCAGUAAUUCACACAUGCAGACACAGCACAGCCUGUGUGUGCCUUCUCUCGCCCUCCAUGUACCGACAGACGUGUGUGUGUAUGUCUGAAUGCGUGUCUACAUGUUUGUGUAUGGCAGUGGACAUCGCUUCCAUGAUGAAAG